AUGGCAUCACCGGGCAUUAAGCGAUGUGACCCUCCCGCUGCAGCUGCAGCUGCAGGAGCAGCAUCAGCAAGAAUUGAGUUGGAGUGUACAGACAGGUGUGUUUGUUCAAGUCAUUUAUUUGAUGUUUGCUUCCAUCCUACAAACCCGAAAUUAGUUGCUGCUGCAGCAUUUAAUGGGACUGUUGAGCUGCAUGAAAUACCUGAGAAGGAAGUGCUGCAGCAGCACCUGCAGCAGCAACAGCAGAAGCGAGACAUGGAGAAAGAGGUCAAAAGGCAGCAGCGACGCAAACUACGCAAGCAGCAAAAGGAGGAGGAGGAGCAGCAACGGGAUGCCGAUGAUGGAAGCACAAGCAGCAGCAGCAGCAGCAGCGAUUCUUCAGAUGAAGAAGCCCCCGAGCGUUUCUUAGAAGCAGAUUUAGAGUGUUUACCCACACGAAUCAAGACCCUAAAACAUCACAAAAAAUCAUGCAGGGCUGUAAACUUCUGGAGGGGAGGAGAAGCGGUUUUAACAGCGUCAGCUGAUGGCCGAUGCUGCAUCGUAGAUGUGGAUUCUGGGAAGUGGACUUGGCGAUCUCUCCACAGCAAGUCGGGUUUUGAAACGAUUACCUCGAUUUGUAGAAACACAUUUGCUGCAGCAGACGAAAAUGGAAAAAUUUCUUUGUGGGACGAACGGCAGAAAAUGCCGACAAAGAUAUUUCCCCCCGAAAUGCCAGGAGUAUCCUGCAUGUGCCACUCUUCAAGUCUGCUGCUGACAACGGGGUGUGGCUAUUUGACGGUUUUCGAUCUAAAAAAAGGAAAAUUGAGGGCGCGAAGCGAUGAGCUCGAAGCGGACUUCACCAGUGUCGUUAGAGCUAAAGAAGGCUCGAAGGUUUGCUGCGGUUGCGAGGAGGGGGAUAUCUGCAUGUUUAGUUGGGGAGAUUUUGGAGACUUUAGUGACAGAUUUACAGAUAUUCGUACGGGAGUUAAUUCCCUGGUAAAGUUUGACGAAGAUACUCUUAUCGCGGGUUGUGGCGACGGAUGUAUUCGCGUAGUGCAACUUCAUCCCAACAGACUUGCAGGGAUCCUUGGGGGGCACGGUCGGCGCGACGGGCCUGUUGAGCGACUGGCACUAAAUGCUGACCAAACUCUGCUAGCCUCAAUUGCCCACGACAAUCGCAUUCGUCUCCAUGAGGCGCAGAAGGCGGUGCGAAUGAAGACCAAAGUUGUCCGCCGGCUUAAGAAAUCGCAGCAACCUCAACAUGACAUGCGCGCGGGAAAAGACUUUUACGACGACCUGUAA